AUGAAUAUCGUGAACGUAGAACCACUAAUACAUGGAGAAUUAUUAGCGACCAAAAUUUCCUUUAAAUUUCAGGAUAAAGAUGGAAAUUAUGAUAAAGAUAAUUUUCUAAAUGUAUUAUUAAACUGCGGCUGGUCGCUAGAUUUUAGUGAAGAGAAAUUGAACCUGUAUAAGAAAUAUGCCCAAAAUGUUGAUGUCAUACUAAUAACAGACGGCGACUUUCUACACUCAGGCGCCCUGUUAUGGUUGACAUCUAGAUUCCUAACUGAAUUGAAAGGGAAAUCCAUACCUAAAAUAUUGUGUACAGAAGGAACAUACAAAUUCAUGAGAGCAUCACUAAUAGAUGUUUUAGAAAACGUAACAUUUUCUACUGAUUUCGGAUAUUAUAGUAUGGAUGAUUUGGAACUUUUAGACUCAAAUUGCGUAAAGCUAAGAUACAGUGAAACAUACUGCCACAUGAAGAAGUUGCAGAAUCUUGAUGUUAAAUCUAGUUUCUGCGCUUUAAACAACGGAUAUUCUGUAGGAGGAGCGAUUUGGAAAAUUUCAGUAGGAUAUAAUACGGUAAUUUGUGGAGACAAAAUAAGGAUAUACACAGGAACUUUACUCAAUGGAGCCAACAUUAACGACAUACUCAACCCAGAUUUGUUGGUCCUCAGCCAUGAAGAUGUCGAGACGCCAAAACACGUUACUGACCCCAAAGGAGUUAAAGUGUGUGAAGACUUGAACAGCCUAACUGACAAGCUGUUUACAACACUUACCAAAGGAGGUAACAUCCUGUUCCCAAUGGACGUAGACUACACUCUACUCAAUCUAUUGAUCCACCUAAACAUGAUAUGGUCUACAUCGCAACUAUCUCAGUUUAAAAUAGUCCUCGCCUCACCAAUCGCAGACAAACUUAUGUUAUUCAUAGGAACAUGCCUAGAAUACAUGAAAACGAGCAUUUUCCAUAAUUUUAUUAAGACGCUCUGGAACCCAUUUAUGGACCUGAAUCACAUAGAAAUCAUCACCUCACUGGGUCAACUGUCAAGAUACAGAUUCAGACCAACAGUGUUCAUAUCAACGACAUCGAAUAUGGAUUUUGGGUUUUCUAACUUUCUGUUCUUGGCUAUUUCCUCAUACUACAAAAACCUGGUAGUACUCACAAAGCCAAAUCAAUCAGUAACAAAGUACGUGUAUAACAGGAAUAACUCAGGAGUACAAGCACCCCAAUAUAAGGAAACAAGACUAAUAAAUGUAUUAGAUGAUGAACCUGAAGAACAGGAAAAUGAGAAGAUAGGAAAUGACACAUAUCUACAAAAUUACACUAAUUUAGCAGGCCAAAGCCAGUUUCAUAUGAAUAACCUACAAAAUACGGAGCUGGACUCUAAAAACAUACAAGACUAUGGACUACCAUUUAACGAUUUAUUAGCAGAUCCUGCAAACCCUUAUGGAUAUACAGAAUUGCCAGCCUAUGAAGGUGAAUUUGAAUCGGAAGUAUACAAUGCACAAGAACAAAACGAAAAUUCAGAAUUAGAUGAUUACUACAGAAAGUAUUUAGAUGACCCAAAAAAUAAAUUAUUUGAUAUGGACAGUACAGAUGAAGCAUACCAAAAAUCAGAUUUCAUGACCAAAAAGUUUCCAUUCUGUGUUAAGUCAGAUAUUUGUAUAGUAAACAGCCUGUGUAACAUUUUAAAGGAGACACAAAUGCCGAGUCUUCUGUAUCGGAUACAACCAAGGAAUGCUGUAUUAAUACCAACAUCGGAAUCGUCACUAGUAAGUGAAAAAUACCUCUCGAAACUGCUGAGGUGUAAGCUUCACUCCUUCUACGAAAACAAAAGAGUAAAAAAUGAACCUGAAAAUAAAAAUCCGGAAAGUAAUGAGAGAAUAAAAUCCUUAGUCUCAGUUGAUUUAAAUUUCAAUAACUUCCCAGUCAUGCUCAAUUUAAACCUACUCACAGCAGUCAAGAAUUUUUUCAACAAGCCGCCCCCGACGGAAUUGGUGAAAAGAACAGCAGGAAACUAUCAGACAAUAAACACAGUGUUAAAUUCAUUAGAACAAUGGAAAUAUAAAAAUAACAGAGUUAAAAGCUGCCAAAUUUUAGGGAAACUAACAUGUGCCGAGGAAUCACAACAAGACCCACCAAAAACAAACUUGGUGAGCUGUCACACAUUCUGGUCAGACGAAUGUAACAAAAAAUCUAAAUUAGAGUUCGUUAUAGAAGAUAAAGAAAAUAAUGAUCCAGAGACUGAAAACUAUCAAGUUAAAAAUAGCAUAAAGUCAACGCUCCUAAUAGGAAAUGUAAGUAUGGCAAACUAUACCAAGUUCCUAGAUGACUGUAUACCCAACGCAAUCAGUAUGAUAUCAGGCUCAGCAGUGAUAAAUGACAAAGUGAUCGUCUCCAAGCACUCAAAUACAUAUUCUAACCAAUGGGUAAUAGAGGGAACGUUGGAUCCAAGCUAUUAUCUAGCCAGAAAAUUGCUGAGAAAACUACAUAAUAGGAUCGAACCAAUUUAUUAG